GAAAACAUUGUGAUAGUGUUCUAGCUGGUUGCUAUUGACAGUCUGAAAGUAAAAUGUUUGGCUGUGCAGAACUAGUGUUUUUUAGUUAUAGUGUGUUUGUUUUUGUGACUUUCAUUAUGAUUUCGAUGAAUAAGUACAAGUAGCUAAUAUUAGAACAGAAUUUUGAAAUAUUUUAAUUGGAACAUUACUUUUGAACAUAUCAUGGAAAAUUAUAUCAAUAAGCAAUUGUUUUGACUAUCAUAUUGUACUUAAUGCAAACAAUAUUUCUUUGGGAAAAGAAGCAUGAAUGAUUCAUCAUUAAAUUUGUAUAUUACUUAAACUUAACUAUUAUUGUAAAGUACUACUCGUACUUUCAUCCAGAAUUAAAGUAAAAUCCAAAUGCAACGAUGUUUAUAAUGUCAAGAAAUCAAGAUGUACCACUUUGGAUGUUAUUAGUUUACAUAAACCUAAAUUUACAAGCUCCUGGUCACACGGUGCUUGCUUUGUACUAUCCACAGACAGAAAGUGAUGUAGAUUUCUCAAAACAGGAGAAAGGGAUUAGAACAUUUUGGGAAGAAAACAAUAUAUUUUUCAAAUCUGUAGAUCAGAGGUCAGAAGAAAAUAGGUAUGUUGUUUAUGAUGGACCCCCGUUUGCCAACGGCCGACCCCAUUACGGCCAUCUACUUACUGGUUUCAUCAAAGAUACAUACAGUAGAUAUCAGACCAUGUUGGGUAAGAGGGUUGAGCGGUGGCUAGGGUGGGACUGUCAUGGUCUUCCAGCAGAAAUGGAGGCUGAAAAAUCCCUAAAUAUUUCUGGAAAAACAAAAAUUGAAGAGUUUGGUAUAGCAAAGUUUAAUAAACGGUGUAAGGACGAGGUAAUUAAAUUCAUGUCUGCUUGGGAAAACUACAUCAUCAUGCAGGGUCGGUGGGUCGAUUUUAGUCACAGUUAUUUAACAAUGAAUCGAAGGUUCAUGGAGUCAGUAAUGUGGGCUUUUAAACAACUAUAUAAGAAAGGUUUAAUAUAUGAAUCAGAGAGAGUUGUACCUUACAGUUGGGCUUGUCAAUCUCCUUUGUCAAACUUUGAAACAAAGUUAGACAAUUCGUAUAGAAUUAAAACCAGUAAAUCAGUUACAGUUGCUUUUGAACUACUAGAGAAACCAACAAGACUAGAAAAUCUAGCUCCUCCAUGUAAACUACUUGUUUGGACCACCACCCCUUGGACUUUACCCAGUAAUUUAGCAUUGGCUGUAGGAAGAAAUAUAACAUACAUUGUUAUAUGGGUUCAACCUUCAUAUGGAAGGAAGACAGAACACUGUCUAUAUAUUUUUGCCAAGCAGUAUUUAAGUAAGUUUUUAGAAGUAAUUAGCAAAAAAAAGGUAGAUACUGUGAAUCUAGACAUGGAAUUUUCAUAUAAGGAUCUGAUAAAUCUGCCUUAUAAACCAUUGUUCCCGUACUUUGAUCAAAUUGAGGGGGCAUUUAAAAUCUUAGACUCUGGCCAUGUGAGUGCUGAAGAGGGUACAGGGGUGGUACAUAUAGCACCAGGAUUUGGUGAAGAUGAUUUUAAUUUGUGCAAAAAGAAGAAUAUCAGUGUUGUGUGUCCAGUUGAUGAAGCUGGGAAAUUUACAGAUGAAGUCUGGGAUUUCAACAAGACUCAAGUGUUUGACGCUGAAAGUGCCAUCAUAAAACAUUUAAAAGCCCAUAAGAAUGUUUUUCAUACAGAAGCAUAUUCUCAUAGCUAUCCACACUGUUGGAGAACUGACACGCCCUUGAUAUACCGCACAAUGCCUUCUUGGUAUGUAGCAGUGACCAAAUUAAAAAACAGGAUGAUUGAAUUAAACAAAAAUGUCAACUGGGUGCCAGAACACAUUAAAGAUGGAAUGUUUGGUAAGUGGAUUGAAGGUGCAGAUGAUUGGUCAAUUUCCCGCAAUAGGUUUUGGGGAACACCCAUCCCGGUAUGGAAGUCGGACAAUGCAGCAUUUCCUCGUAUUGAUGUGUACGGUUCCAUUGAAGAAAUGGAGCAUGAUUUUGGUAAAAAAAUCCAAGAUCUACACAGACCUCAUAUUGACUGCCUGACAAGGCCAAACCCAGAUGACCCCAGUGGAAAUUCAACCAUGAGAAGAAUUCCGGACAUAUUCGAUUGCUGGUUUGAGUCGGGAUCAAUGCCCUUUGCUCAGUACCAUUACCCCUUUGAAAAUGAAGACAAAUUCAAAACCAACUUUCCAGCUCAUUUCAUUGCUGAAUAUAUGGCUCAAACAAGAGGCUGGUUUUACACACUAUUUAUUCUUUCUACAGCAUUGUUUAAUGAAGCACCUUUCAAAAAUAGUAUCUGCCAUGGUGUUGUAUUAGACAGUAAAGGUUGUAAGCUGUCAAAGCGCUUGGACAACUUUUGUGACCCUUCUGUGAUGAUUGUGGAGUACGGAUCUGAUGCUCUACGCUUCAUGAUGCUCUCUCGUCCUGUAGUCAUGGGUGAAAAUCUCAAUAUAGAUAAAAAAGGGAAAUCCAUACAAGAUGUUGUAAGACUAAUAAUUAAACCUAUAUGGAACACAUAUAAUUUUUUUACUCUUUAUGCUAACGCCGACGUAAUCAAAGCAAAUGUUAGUAACAAUCCAUUACAUUAUGAAAAGACAAUAGAUAAAUAUAUAAUGUUUAAAUGCUUCCAAGCUGUUAGCAAAAUUAAGAAGUCAAUGGACAAUUAUGACUCCCAAAAAGCUUGUAAAGUUGUAUACGAAUUUUUUGAAAUACUUAAUAACUGGUAUAUUCGGAGGAAUAGAGAAAGAUUUUGGAGCAAGGAACAUGAUAAAAACAAACUGGAUGCUUAUAAUGCACUUUACACAGUGUUAAACUACAUUUUAAGAGCAACAGCACCUUUACUACCACACGUUACUGACGUCAUCUGGCAAGGUCUACGUUUUAAUGAAUCAUCGAUUCAUUUAACAGAUUUUCCGUAUAUCCCUGUUCAUGAGAGUGAUAAUAUUUCAGCUGAAAUGGACUUUACCAGAAAUAUUUGCAAUGCAGCGAUGUCGGCCAGAAAACAGUGCAAAGUUAGAGUCAGGCAGCCUUUGAGAACCCUCAGGAUAUAUCAUGAAUCACUGAUUGAUUCUUUAGAAGAAGAAAAUACUGUUGCGAUCAAAGAAGAGGCUAAUGUAAAAGAAAUCGAAUGGCGAGCAAACUAUGAGGGACUAGCCGAAACGCACCUGCAGCUUAAAUUCCCAGUAAUAGGAAAGCGAGUUCCUGACAAAAUAAAAAGAAUCAUCCAACUACUUGGUGAGCAUAAGUGGAGAAGAGCUGGAUGUAAUGUGAUAAUUGGGGAGGGUGCGGAAGAGUAUCAAAUACAUUCAAACGAAUAUGACUUAAAACUUAAACCGAUAGGAAACGCAUGUGUGUUUGACAAUGGAAAAGGGGUAUUGAGUUAUGAUCUUGAGUUAGACGAAGAAUUAAAACUAGAAGGCCAUGCACGAGAUGUUGUAAGAAAUAUUCAAGAAACAAGAAAACAAGCGGAUUUGGAUAUUUCUGAUAAAAUCUGGGUUGUUAUAAAAACUUCUGACAUGGAAAUUAAGAAAGCCAUUUGUAAAUGGAUGGACUACAUUAAAGAACAGACUCUUGCACAUUCGUUAGAAGUAAAAGAAGCUAUUACUCAGGAUCUCUUCUCAAGAGAGUACGACAAAUUAACUGUAGCCAUCAGAGUAUACCACGACCUUAUGUAAAAGCCGAAUUUAUAUUAUUUUGUAUGUUUGAAUAUAAGUAUUGUGAGAUUUUGAUGUUUAAGUUGUUUAAAGUCAAGUAAAACUACUGCCAAAAACACAAAGAAAUUUCAUAAUAAUACUUGGGGGGGCAGUGACAGUGUAUUUUCUAGGCGUCCAAUCCAAACAUAAUGUAGGCUACAAUAAAAAAUUGCUGGUUGUAAUAAGUUAUCCAAAAUAGGUUUAGCUUUAAGGCAGGAUAACAGUUAUAAAGAAAAUGGAGAAGGUUUUGUGUUAUAGAAAUG